AUGUAUUGUGUAUAUGUACGUAUAUGUAUACGAUAUAUUUAUAUAUAUGGGUCGUGGAAAAGGGGCAGGAAGGCAUUCCAUUCUCUUCCAAAGGCCUAUUUAAAUAGAAUAGAUUCUGUGGUGCAUUUGCAUGGUACACGUCGUUACAUAACAUAUUCGGAUUUGGGUAAUUUCAUGGUCACAAUGAUGACAAUAAUUCAUUUUAGUUGCAAUAAUCUUUUUGGCCAUAUUGUCCAGCACUUCGAUCGUCCACUUUUAACAAUGACGAUGGAGUCGGAUGGUCGUAUUAAGGCCUAUAAAUUUGUCGCUUAUUCUGCUGUAUCAUUUUCAAUUGUAGCUGUAUUGUCCGUAGUGAUUUCUCUACCGAUGGUUUACAAUUAUGUUGCACAUGUGAGGAAACAAAUGCAUCAGGAAAUUAACUUCUGCAAGUAUUCUGAAACUGCAAUUUCUUUCCUGCUAUCAUUCAAACAAACGGAUAUUAAAAUAAUGAUUAUUUUUGCAUUUUUCGAAUCUAGUUAUUCAGUACGGCUAGCGAAAUUUCGAGGUAGCUUUGGGUCAGCAAAUGAAAUUUAUACCGAAGUGAACUACAUGAAGAAUGCACAAGUUAACUCCAGACCUAACAACAGAACAGCUCGAGAAUCGGGUUAUUCUGAGGUGAAUCCGACAGCAAAUGUAUUGCAAUGUAAUGGCUGUUGUAUUCCAGGACCACCAGGUCCUCGGGGUGCGCCAGGUAAGCCAGGAAAACCGGGUAAACCUGGGAUUCCUGGAAGUCCUGGAUUACCUGGAAAACCACCAACGACUCCUUGUGAACCCACCACUCCACCGCCAUGCAAACCAUGUCCCCAAGGACCACCUGGACCACCAGGACCACCCGGAGCACCAGGAGACCCCGGAGACGCUGGAGCACCUGGACGACCAGGUAUUGAUGCAAGUCCAGGCAGUCCCGGACCUAGAGGCCCACCAGGACCACCAGGUGAACAAGGACCACAAGGACCACCCGGAGAACCUGGUGUACCGGCGCAGAGCGAACCUGUAACACCGGGAGAGCCUGGUGAACCCGGUGACCCAGGGCCACCAGGACCUCCUGGUCCACCGGGGGCACCUGGCGCAGAUGGUCCACCUGGUCCAGCUGGACCAAAAGGACCUCCAGGACCAGACGGACCACCUGGUGUGGAUGGGCAACCAGGACCUCCUGGACCAUCUGGACCUCCAGGAACACCUGGUGAAAAAGGCAUUUGUCCUAAAUACUGCGCAAUUGACGGAGGUGUCUUCUUUGAAGAUGGCACCAGACGAUAA